AUGACAUCAGCAUCCUGGCAUCCAAUUCCCAGGGACUCGCCGUUCUCAUUAGCGAACAUACCCUUCGGGAUCAUAUCCACCCCAGCCUCAACCAACCGCCAUCCCGCAAUUGCGAUUGGUGAUUAUGUUCUUGAUCUCUUCACCUUUGCUUCUGGUGGCGGCUUUGCCCAGUUACCUUCCUUCCAGCAACACCUCGACGUCUUCGCCCAGCCCACAUUGAAUGACUUUGCUGCCCUCGGUAGACCCGUUCAUCGCCGCGUACGGGAAUAUCUACAGGCAAUUUUCCAAGAAAACACACCCUACCCCGAGCUGCUGAAAACGAAUGAACCUCUCAAGAAAUCAGCGCUGAUUCUACGAAAAGAUGUCACAAACCAUCUCCCGUUAAGCAUUGGUGACUAUACAGACUUCUACGCCGGCCUCAAUCAUGCCUACAAUGUGGGAGUCCUCUUCCGAGGGCCCGAUAACGCUCUGCAGCCGAACUACAAACACCUACCAGUUGGCUACCAUGGACGAGCAUCAUCCGUCAUUGUCUCGGGACAACCCAUCCGGCGGCCCAAUGGCCAAAUCCUCUCCGAUCCAACCAUCACGCCCAAGGAGCCCAUAUUUUCCCCUUGCAAAAAGCUUGACAUUGAACUUGAGCUGGCUGUCUUCGUCGCCACGGGCAACCAAUUGGGCGAGCCGAUCCCCAUCGACAAGGCCGAGGAUCAUCUUUUUGGUGUUGUCCUGAUGAAUGACUGGUCUGCCAGGGACAUCCAGGCUUGGGAAUACAUUCCUUUGGGCCCUUUCAAUGCAAAGAACUUUGCAACAACUAUCACACCUUGGGUAGUUCUGAUGGAUGCUUUGGAGCCCUUUCGUACCCAGGGUUUGGAACCCGGAAAGCCGUUGCUCCCGUAUCUUCAGGAGAAGAAGAUAGAAAAUGUAUAUGACAUCCCACUUGAAGUACAUCUUGUUGUUGAUGGCAAGGACACCAAGAUUGCUGAGUCAAACUCAAAGAACUUGCUCUUCUCAUUCUCACAGAUGUUGGCUCAUCAUUCAAUUACUGGCUGUAACAUGCGAACCGGUGAUCUUUUAGGCAGUGGGACAAUCUCAGGAGACAGACCUGGGACUCUGGGGAGUUUUUUGGAGAACACCAAUGGUGGGAAGAAUCCGAUCAAGCUUGCAGACGGAUCUGAACGAGUUUUCUUGCAGGAUGGUGAUGAGGUUAUUCUUCGUGGUGCAUGUGGGAAGGAGGGUAGCUACGUUGGCUUUGGUGACUGCGCUGGCAUCAUUUUACCAGCUCCUCAGAUCUAG